AUGCCGAAGCGGAAAGCGCCCUCCAAGAUCUCGGGACUCGUUGACUCGGACGACGAGGACAUCAUCCAAUUGACCGAAAAUGAGAACCUUCCUGCCAACCCCGAAGCCCCCGCCAAGAAGCGACGCGGUCGACCACGCAUCUCGCAUGAGGAUGCGCCGGAGCCCAAAACCAAGGCCGCGACAGCUGCAACCAAACAACCCGCUAAGCGAGGAAGGCCAAGAGGCAGUAGUCGCGCAGCGUCGGUGGGAACCGACGGCGCCGACGACUAUGAGCAAGAAAAUGAGGAUCCUGCUGCCCGGACGGAGAAAAAGACUGCAAACGCAGGAAAACCUGCGGCGACGCGUGGCAGAGGACGCCCUCGCAUGACCAGCGCGACAACGGCAACUAGUACGACAAAGCAAAUGCAGACCGAUGGUGAAUUCGAAUUCACACCCACCGGUACGCGGAAAAUCGCUUCCAGUGGAACCUCGCAGGCACUGGCCGAACCCCGUGGAUCACGGCGGCAGAUCGCCAAGCCUGAAGUGCCCGAGUCACAGCGGGAAGACGAGGAGUAUGAUGCAGAAGAUGGGGUGGACGAGACCGUUUUCCCAGAUCCGCCCAGUGCCAGUCGCUAUGUGACCAAGAACGCUCGUGCUCGAAUUACCGCUUUGCGAAACUCUCAAGAUUCCUCUCCUCGUAAGCGCAGACUGGGCAUGGAGUCCGAGCCCAACGGCGGGGAUCCCGACUUGCGACGGAGGUUGGGUGAACUCACCAAAAAACAUGAUGCUUUGGAGAUCAAAUACCGUAAUCUUCGCGAAAUUGGCAUUGUCGAAGCAAAUUCCAAUAUGGAGAAGCUGCGGAAGCAAUGUGAAAAUGUCACUACGGCAUCGAAUGAGUUGAUUGCUUCCCUGAAAUCGGAGUUGGAGGCGCAGCGAGCUCUAGGACAGCAGAGUCGCGGCUUCCAAAAGCAAUUAAAAGACCGCGACACUGAGAUGGCACGGCUCCAGGCACAGGCCGACGAGGCGCGCAAUCAGCUUGCUUCCGCACAAUCUGAGAUCAAGACGCUCGGAACGAAGCUCGCAGCUGCGCGAAACACAGCUGCGAGUCUCGAGAGCGCUGCAAAGGCUCCCGGCAGUGCUAUCAAGGGUGGAGGAGCCAGUCGCGCAACAUUGGCCGCUAGUGCCGAAGCUGCACAGGUCGCGCAGCUCAAGGAAGAUUUGUACAGUGAUCUCACGGGUUUGAUCGUCCGCGAUGUUAAAACCCGCGAAUCGGAUCACCUGUAUGAUUGUAUUCAGACCGGCGUCAACGGAUCUCUGCAUUUCAAACUAGCCAUUCCAAUGGCCUCCGCGGCUGACUACGAGACUGCGGAAUUCCAGUAUCUCCCUCUCUUGGAUGCUAACCGUGACCGUGAAUUGGUGGAUAUCCUGCCGGAUUUCUUGACGGUAGACAUUACUUUCAAUCGGCAGCAAGCGUCCAAGUUUUACACGAGAGUGAUGGAUGCAUUGACCAAGCGACGAUCGAGUUCGGCGCAUCCCCCCAAGUUCCCCAAACGAGUGUCCGCAACUUCUUGUUUUUGUUCCAUCCAGGGGAUUCUGUCCACUCUUUUCUUUCUCCAACCCCGGCAUUCCUUUGGAACCCCCUGUGAGCGGAGCGAAAUCAUGGCGCGUCUCGGUCGCCUUGGGUUCCUUACCCUCGCCGUGGUCUUCCACUUGAUCUAUACCUACUCCAUCUUCGACAUCUACUUCGUGAGCCCCAUUGUUCGGGGCAUGCGAUCCUACGGUGUCGAAAGACCCGCUGGCACCGAUGCCCCCGCAAAACGUCUUGUCCUGUUCGUCGCCGACGGUCUACGCGCCGACAAGGCUUUCCAGGCCUUCCCAGACCCAUCCCCCGAAUCCCCCGAUCGCGACAGCAACCAAUUGAUCCGCCUGGCACCUUUUAUUCGCUCGCAGGUGCUCUCACAUGGCACGUUUGGCGUCUCCCAUACUCGCGUCCCCACCGAAUCUCGCCCCGGCCAUGUUGCACUCAUCGCGGGCCUGUACGAGGAUGUUUCGGCUGUGACAACGGGUUGGAAGAUGAACCCUGUCAACUUUGAUAGCGUAUUUAACCAGAGUCGGCACACGUGGAGCUGGGGUAGUCCGGAUAUCCUUCCCAUGUUUAAGGAAGGCGCGGUACCCGGCAGGGUGGACGCGGAGACGUACAGCGAGGAAGCGGAGGAUUUCACCGUGGACGCGACACACCUGGAUACCUGGGUAUUUGACAAAGUGCACGGGCUGUUCGAGUCUGCAAAGACCGACCCGGAGCUGGAUCGGAAGCUGCGCGACGACAAAUUAGUAUUUUUCCUGCAUUUGCUGGGAUUGGACACCACCGGCCAUGCCUUUCGCCCUUACUCCAAGGAAUACCUGCACAACAUCAAGAUCGUCGACAAGGGAGUGCAAUCGGUUACAAAAUUGGUGCAGGAUUUCUACGGAGAUGGCAAAACAGCAUUCGUCUUCACCGCGGACCACGGGAUGAGCGACAAGGGUAGCCAUGGAGACGGGCAUCCGGACAACACCCGCACGCCGUUGGUUGCCUGGGGAUCCGGGGUUGCGAGCCCCAAAACUACCAAUGGCGCGGAUGUGACUGGCCACGAAGACGGGUUUUCGUCGGAUUGGGGAUUUGACCAGGUCCUCCGCCAUGACGUGGCACAGGCCGAUGUGGCUGCUCUCAUGGCAUAUCUGGUUGGCCUGGACUACCCUGUGAAUUCUGUGGGCCAACUGCCGCUGGCAUAUCUCGAUGCCAGCCCACAGGAGAAAGCAAUGGCCGCUCUUGCAAAUACGCGGGGUGUGCUAGAGAUGUACCGGGUCAAGGAAGAGCAGAAAAGGGAGGCCGUGCUUCGGUACGUGCCCUUCGAGCCUCUUUCUGGCCAUGAAGAAACCUCUGUCGAAGGAAGACUCUCCAAAGUUGAAGCACUUAUCACCAAUGGCGCUUAUGAGGAGUCCAUUGCUUUAUCAUCGGAACUGUUGUCCACCGCGCUUGAGGGUCUGCGUUACCUGCAAACGUACGAUUGGCUCUUCCUGCGCACCGUCGUUUCUCUGGGCUACUUGGGCUGGAUCGCGUACGCUCUCACUUCGGUGAUUGACCUGCACGUCCUGCAUGGCGCCACGGACUCAAAUCGGACGAUGGCCAGCACCAUGUUCUUCUCAUCCAUUCUAGUGGUUUUGUUUUCUGUUUUCCUCUACCAAGGGUCCUCAUGGCGGUACUACUUCUACGGCGUGUUCCCCGUCUACUUCUGGGAAGAAGUUUUCGCUCGCCGCAAGGCUUUGACUGCCGGCCGGGAGAUUGUUCUCGGUCAUGUCCGUUCGUUCAAGGGCUACCUGACUUUUGGACUCCAGUUGCUAGCAUUCCUUGCUGUCCUUGAGGCUCUCGUCCAAUCCUAUUUCCAUCGGGAAAUAUUCACUGUCUGCUUUGCCUUGGCCGUUUUCUGGCCUACUUUCUACGGCAUGGACUUCAUUCGCAACCAUGUGCUUCUAUCGACAACAUGGGCAGUUGCCAGUGGAUUGAUGGCCACGUUUACUCUUCUCCCGGUGACCAAAAUGGAGAACAUUGAUACCAUUACCUAUGGCGCGUUUCUGAUGUUCUUCACCGGCGUUUUGUAUUUGCUUUUCGAGGAUGCCAUCAUUGGCCACCGCGGUUCUUCAUCGCAAGCCUCCCUCAGCAGUCUAGGCGCGCGGAUUAUCAUGGGCUCACAGAUCGGCAUGAUUCUGCUCGCCUUGGUUGUCACCCGGUCUAGUGUCUUCUCUCUUCAGGCUCGCCAGGGGUUGCCUUUUGGAAACUUGGUGGUGGGGUGGUUCGUCCUAGUGGCCUCCCUCGCAUCGCCCUUCCUGCAUCGCCUUUACCCUAACAGCCACUACCUGCACCGUCUCAUGGUCCUCUUCCUGACCUUCUCACCAACCUUCAUCAUCCUCGCCAUCUCCUACGAGGGCCUGUUCUACUUUGUGUUCUGCAUGACCCUCGUAACAUGGGUGCGCCUCGAACACGCCAUCUACGUUCACACGGCUGGAUCGAGGCCUGUCCUGGACAACAGGAAAUCCGACACGGCGACGGCCACUGUCGAGGGACAGACAUACCACUACCGAGCCCUCACCCUCUCCGACACCCGGGUGGCCCUAUUCUUUUUCUUCCUACUACAGUCCGCCUUCUUCAGCACCGGCAACGUCGCCUCCGUCUCGACCUUUUCCCUCGACAGCGUCGUCCGCCUAGUUCCCGUGUUCAACCCCUUCAGCCAAGCCGCGCUCCUCAUCUUUCAAAUCCUAAUUCCCUUCGCCAUCAUCAGCGCCAAUCUGGGGAUCCUCAACCGCCGUCUAGAAGUCGCGCCCAGCGCCUUGUUCAUGGUGGUGAUGGCGCUCUCGGACGUGAUGACCCUCAACUUCUUCUACAUGGUGCGCGAUGAGGGCUCGUGGCUGGAUAUCGGCAUGACGAUCAGCCACUUCUGCAUCGCUAGCUUCCUGUGCACUUUCGUCGCGGGCCUGGAGUUCCUCAGCGAGGUGUUCAUCAGCGGCGUCGAGUUUGGGCCGUGGCCCACUACUGCUUCCAAGCUGGGGGAGGUGGCGAGUGCUGUGGAGGGUUCCGUGGAAUGCGGGCAUGAGGGUGGAGGCGGAGGUCCGCCGACGAACGGGAACGGAAACGGGGGAAGUAAGAAGAUGAAGACGAAGGCGAAGAAGAAGGCUACGGUCGUUGAUGUUGAAUACAUGGACCGCUCCUCUGAACUGGCCUCAUUCGUUGACUUCCAUGGUCCCCGCGAGUAUCCACUGCAGUCCAUGGUGCCUGACAUGGAUGGCGGGCUUAGCUUAUUCAGAGACCACCUGAUUGGCCCAAGCUGGGCGGAACAGUUGAACCUCGGCAUCACAAGAUCUGACCGUCUCUCUGUUCCUCUCUAUCUACCAACAUCCUAUACGCCUUCUUUACGGGUCAGCCAGAACGCGCACUGA